GAAAUCAAAGAAACCAGAAAGCGACAUGAGACUCGUCUGGUGGAAGUGGAUACAGGUCGCUUAGUUGAAUAUGAGCACAAGCUGGCCAAAGCUCUGCAGGAAUUGAGAGAACAACAUGAUCAACAAGUGAAAAUCUAUAAAGAAGAACUAGAAAAAAAUUUCCAUGACAAGCUUGAGAAUGCAAGGCUUGCCUCAGAGAUGAACACCAGGUCAGCCAAGGCAGCUGAAGAGGAGCUGAAAGAAAAUUCAAUGAGGAUAGAGAGCCUCAGCACUCAGUUGUUCAACAUGCAAAAAGAUGCCAGAGCUUGGCAAGAAAGAGUUCAGGAGUCAGAAGAUGCACUGGAAAAAGAGAGGGAUGGAAAUCGCAGGAUGCUGGCUGAGAAGGAGAAAGAAAUGGCUGAAAUCAGAACACAGAUGCAGCAACAGCUAAAUGAAUAUGAAGAUCUUUUGGAUGUUAAGCUGGCAUUGGAUAUGGAAAUCAGUGCAUACAGGAAAUUACUGGAGGGUGAAGAAGAGAGAUUGAAGUUGUCACCAAGUCCAUCUUCCCGUGUGACUGUUUCUCGUGCAACGUCUAGCCGCAGUGUCCGCACAACUCGUGGAAAGAGAAAACGUGUUGAUGUUGAAGAAUCUGAGGCCAGUAGUAGUCUCAGUAUCUCUCAUCUUGCUUCUGCCACAGGGAAUGUUGCCAUUGAGGAAGUGGAUGUAGAUGGUAAAUUUAUCCGACUAAAGAAUAAUUCAGAACAGGAUCAACCUAUGGGUGGCUGGGAGUUGACCAGAAAGAUUGGCGAUGCAUCUGUCUCUUACAAAUUUACCCCAAAGUAUGUGUUGAAAGCCGGACAGACGACAACUAUCUGGGCUGCUGAUGCUGGUGUGAUAUCAGCUCCACCUGCCAACCUCAUUUGGAAGAACCAGAAUGCUUGGGGCACUGGAGCAGAUGUGAAAGUAGUCCUCAAGAAUUCUCAGGGAGAGGAGGUGGCUGACAGAAGUACCAUCUUCACAACCACUGUACCAGAGGAAGAGGAGGAGGAGGAAGUUGAGAUUAGAGAUGAAGAUCUCUUCCAUCAGCAGGGAGAUCCAAGAGCAGCUGACAGAAGCUGUGCAGUAAUGUGAUCAUCCUGCAAGAUGACAUCUUCAAAAACUCAUUGCUGCCUAUGUUGAACUUAAUAUCUAGAAAUUCAAACUAUUUUUGUAUUUCAGUAAUUUGUAUUUUAGAUAUUUUGUUAAUUUCUUUUUGUACACACGACAUCAGUUCAGGGCUUUUUUUAUACUGUUGAGUUUUUUUAGAACAUUACAAGGUCUAGAGCUUAAAAAAAGUGUAAAUCCGAAACCAAUGUGAAUCAUAGGUUUUUUUGAACCUAUGGAAAAUGCUUUUCUGAAGAUUACAGAUAAAACCAGUGAAAAAUAUUUUGUGUAGUUGAAGAAACUACAGUAACUUUGGGGCAGCUUGCAUUUGUGAUUGAAUUAAGUUAAUAUGUGCAGCAGGGAAAUUGGGGUAUUAAAACAUUUUGGUAGCAACAUUUUUUUGUAAAUUUAUAAAUAGAACAGCACUGAACUUACUCUUUUUAAUGAUUUUUUUAAUUGUUUAUACCCAGCUGGCAAAAGCAUUCUACAGAAAAUGGGAUGAAGGAAGUUUUCUGUUUAUAGCUUUUGUCCCCUUAUUUAGAUAGUGUUUGGGACAUGGUAUGACUAAAUGCAAAUGUUUUAAUGAGUUUUAAUGUAGCAACGGUCCACUGGGGUUUUCUUGGCAAAUAUGAAUAAAGUAAACAUUGUGUAAUAAAGAAUUGUUACUUUUCCUGAAA